AUGGAUUUCUUUAAAAGUGGUUUAAAAACUGUCUUGGGUGCUCCAGAGCCCGGUCAAUUGCCUUCAGGCGCCGAAACGGUGGAAAGAUUAGUGGAUAGAGUAAAUAAUUCAACAUUAUUGGAAGAUCGUCGUGAUGCAUGCCGAGCCUUAAAGGCAAUGUCAAGAAAGUAUAGAGUUGAAGUGGGAGCUCAGGGAAUAGAUACUUUGAAACAGGUUUUAGAACUGGAUCGGGCAGACAAUGAGACUAUUAAUUAUGCUCUUGACACUCUUAACAACAUCAUGUCACCCGCACAGUUUGAAGAAGAGGAAGACAACCCCCAUGUUCCAAUGAAUAUUGGAGAACAAUUCACUGAAAUGUUUAUAAAGGACCCACACAAUAUCCAGCUACUUUUGGACUUAUUGGAUGAGUAUGAUUUUAGGGUUCGGCUUUCUACUGUACAAUUACUCACUUCACUUCUAACAAACAGAACAAAAGAUAUCCAGGAAAUUAUUCUAGUCAAACCAAUGGGUGUCUCAAAAAUGAUGGAUUUGUUGGGAGACACUAGAGAGGUCAUAAGAAACGAAACUCUCCUUUUACUUAUAAAGCUUACUAAAGGUAAUGCUAAUAUCCAAAAAAUUGUGGCUUUUGAAAAUGCAUUUGAUAGAUUAUUUGAAAUCGUGUCGAGUGAAGGAUACUCUGAUGGUGGAAUUAUUGUAGAAGACUGUUUAUUGCUAAUGUUAAAUUUACUUAAGAACAAUAGUAGCAAUAUUAACUUCUUCAAAGAGGGGAGUUACAUCCAAAAGAUGCUUCCAAUGUUUAACACUCCUGAGGACUUGGAAGACAUUGGCUGGUGCCCACAGAAGGUCUCAAAUGUGCACUGUAUGCUUCAGAUUGUUCGUACCUUGGUGUCACCCAGUAACUCAGCACAAAUUAUAUCCAGUUGUCAGAAGAUAAUGAAGAAUGUAGGAUUUUUAGAUGCUCUUUGUAAUAUUUUAAUGGCAAGUGGAGUCCCAGCUGAUAUUCUUACGGAAACAAUAAAUACUGUGGGUGAGGUAGUGCGUGGUGACAUUACAAAUCAGGACUUUAUUGGUAAUGUUAUGGCACCUUCUAACCCACCCCGACCUGCUAUAGUUGUGUUGCUUAUGUCUAUGGUGAACGAGAAGCAACCUUUUUCUCUCAGGUGCGCAGUCCUCUACUGCUUCCAAUGCUAUCUUUACCACAAUGAACUCAGCCAAGCAUCCUUGGUACAAACAUUACUACCAUCAUCCACUGACGUAUCCAGCUUAACUAGUGGCCAAUUACUUUGCGGUGGUCUAUUCUCAGCCGAUGUGUUAUCAAAUUGGUUCUCAGCAGUGGCUUUGAUGCAUGCUUUGAUAGAUAAUCCAGGACAGAAAGAGCAAUUGCUGAGAGUUUUAUUAGCGACUAAUGUUGGAAGCACACCAGUGUCUCUCUUGCACCAGUGUACUCUCUUAUUGCAGCAGACAACUAAGUUGCAGUCAAAGGUAGCAUUGCUAAUGCUGCUCUGUCAGUGGAUGAGUCACUGCAGUGCUGCAGUGAGUGCAUUUCUCCAAGUUCCAGGAGGAAUAGGAUAUCUGGUCAACCAGACCUGCUCCAACGAACAUGAUGAAAACGAAUACUUGCUGCAAGGCCUGUCCUCAUUCCUGUUAGCAAUUUGUAUCCAUUUCAACGACGAUUCAGUGGAGAGUUACACCAAAGAUGCUCUUAAGCAAUUAUUGGUGAAGAGAAUAGGAGUGGAAACCUUCACGGCCAAAUUGAGCGAAGUGUCCAAGCAUGAGUUGUACAAUAAGGCAGCCAAGCACCCACAGUUAAGAGUGAAGAUACCAGCAGAAAUACUCAUUGAUUAUGAGUUCUGCCGGCUUUUCAAGGUCUUGGAAGGUGUCCUCAUUAACUCGAUAUCUGAAAAGCAAGAACCUGACCCGAGUGAGGAUCGCCAAUCGCCAGCCGCAGACAAUCUGGAACAAUACAAGAGCCUCAUUAGGCAACAGGAUGCUCGUCUCCAAGAGUUGAUGCAGCAGCUAGAUGGCUUGAUGCAGCAGAACUACGCGUUGCAGAGUGAAUUAAACGAUUCCAUAGCAUCAAACUCUCUCCUCAAAGACGAGAACACGCUUCUCAAAGCCCAAGUAUCAGCGAAAUUGCCCUCCCAGUGUAACCAGAUAAAUCAAUCGAGCCAGGCGACACCAGGGCAACAUACCCAAGCUAGUCAAGCAACCAAUCCAGACAGAUUACUCGAAUAUGAAAAUAAAUUGCAAUUCCUAAAUUCUGAAGUGACUAGACUGACGGCCGAAUUAAAGGCAUCCGAAGAGGGUAAGACAAAUUAUGAAGAGGAAUUGGUGAAGUUGAAACAAGGACAAGAUGACCUGAAAAAGGACCAGGACGAUUUGUUGGAAUUGCUUGCAGAUCAGGACAUGAAGAUAAACGAGUACAAAAUGCGUUUGGUCUCCUUGGGACAGACAGUGGAAGAGACACAAGGAGACACAGAAUUAAAUCUUACCUAA